GACAUCAGUCCGCUGCUAUGCCCUCCCCAAUACGGAAGCAGUGGGAUCCCAGCUAUCCGAAAGCCGGUGGAUCGGACCAUGGGGGAACCCUGGGCAGCUCGGGGCACAGAAGGAGCCCCCGCGCGGAUGCCAGUGGUGUUCACCGCGCUGUGGGCCGCCGUCGUGGUCCUGGAGCUGACUUACGUGAUGGUACUGGGGCCUGGGCCGCCCCCUCUGGAACCACUCGCCCGGGCCUUGCAACUGGCGCUGGCUGCUUAUCAGCUGCUCAAUCUGCUGGGCAACAUGGGGCUCUUCCUGCGUUCGGAUCCCAGCAUUCGAGGAGUGAUGCUGGCUGGCCGCGGCCUGGGCCAGGGCUGGGCGCAAAGUGUCUCUGGCUCAGUUCGCCCUAGCUUUUGUGGUGGACACGUGUGUGGCCGGUGCGCUGCUGUGCGGUGCUGGGCUGCUUUUCCAUGGGAUGCUGCUGCUUCGGGGCCAGACCACGUGGGAGUGGGCUCGGGGUCAACACUCCUACGACCUGGGCAUGAGCCACAACCUGCAGGCAGCCCUGGGGCCUCGCUGGGCCCUAGUCUGGUUCUGGCCUUUUCUAGCCUCUCCUUUGCCUGGAGAUGGGAUCACUUUCCAGACUCCAACUGAUGUGGGUCUCGUGACUUCCUGAGUCCAGGUAGAACCAGAACUGAACAGGGCAGAAGGGAGCAGAGGAGCGAACUGAGAACAUUUUAGCUUCCUGCUAGCCACAGGAGGGCGGCCAGAUUGCCCCUUUCUGUGUGUAGUGGGCAGCUCCAGCUCCUUUGAACCUGCCCAGUGUGGGCUCUCCCAUCGCUACAGUUGGCCCUUUCGGCAAGAGGUCUCCUUGGGCUGACUGGCUGCCUCUCUACAGCGUAGUAGGGUGCCCACCUGGCUCAUGGCCUCCCCCAUCUUUGCUAGGUUCCUGUCCCUCAAUUUGUUUUUGGUUGCUGUUGUCCAGUUCCCAUGGCAGACCUGGAGACUACAGACUGAGAUCCCACUGGGCCAGGGCUCUGCCUCCUCUGGCCCUGGUAGGGUGUGGUGGGAUCCAGGCAAGGAGAAUCCACACCUGCUCUGGAGAAUAGCACUCCACAGAAACAUGUCUGCAGCAGGGUUCGAGGAAGCUCUUGUAGCUCACCUGUAUGUGGGGCCACAGUUAGGAUCUUUGUUCUGUAAGAAACAGAAAAGCCCUGCUAGACCACGUGACGAGAUUGUGGAGUAGAAAUGUAGACCUUACUGGCCUCAUACUCAAGGAAAUCCACCGGCUUCUCCUUUCUAAGUGCUGGGAUUAAAGACAUUCGCUACCAUGCCUGGCCUAAGAGGUUAGAUUUGAACCCAGGUCUUUGAAUCUGCUUUACUUUUGCACAGUUGAAGUGAGAAAGGGAACAUCAGGGCCAAAGUAACUAGCUUCCAAGCGUUCCAGAGUUCGUGAAGGGUGAUUUUUUUUUUUUUUUUUUGGUUUUUUUUUUGGAGCUGGGGAUCGAACCCAGGGCCUUGCGCUUCCUAGGCAAGCGCUCUACCAGUGAAGGGUGAUUUUAAUCUCUCUCUCUCUCUCUCUCUCUCUCUCUCUCUCUCUCUCUCUCUCUCUCUCUCUGUGUGUGUGUGUGUGUGUGUGUGUGUGAGUGUGUGUGCGCGCGCACGAGUGUGUGUAUGUGCGUGCAUGCACGGGCAUGUAUAUCUGGGUGCCCAUGGAGGCAAGAGGAGGGCAUAUUGUUUCUGAGAUGUGUCCAAAUUACUGCAUGUAGUGGUAUGGUACUCUUUUUUCUUUCCACACGAAGAUCUGAAUAUACCAUAAGCAAACAUUUUCUAUUUUCUUCCACUGGUCGUUUUUCUACCCUACCCCCACCCCAGGCACACUCCCCUCACUAGAGUCACCCCACCCCCACCCCAGGCACACUCCCUCACUGGAGUCACCCCUAGAAGCCCUUGCUCUCCCAUACCAAUCUGGGAACCCACUCUUCAGAUUUCACCAAUGAAAGCCCACCCUGAAAGAAGUGGAACCCAGUGGACUGUAUGUUAGCUUGGAGAAAACAGAGUCUGUGAGAUCCAGCUUUUCAGGUCGUGAACGUGGGUCUGUCUCCUCAGUGGGUAUUUUUAUUUUUUGAGACAGGGUUUCACUUUGUAGCUUUGUAGCUGUGGUUAGCGUAGAAAUUACUCUUCAGACCAGGCAGGCCUCAGACUCAGAGAUCCACCUGUCUCCUAAGCACUGGGAGGAAACGUGUGCACCACCACACCAGCUUUAAAUAUUUCAAUAAAGUUUGUUUUUCUGACACAGA